UCUGAAAUUGGAUGCCUGAGCUGAAGCCCUAAGCUCCUAAUCGACCAACCCCUUCUCCCCCAAUUUUUCUGCCCUUUUCCGAAACCCUAUCCUCUCCCGUCCCGGCCUGCAACUCCGGCCUCCGACGAAGGUGACGGCGACCUUCUCCCUGCCGCUGCAUCUCCCUUCCAGCCGCCAAUACCGGCCUGCAACAACGCCGUCUUCUCCAGUUCUUUAGAGAGAAGUCCGAAGUCCGAACAACCUGAAACCCUCAAUGCUGGCUGUUGGGGAUCUCUUUACAGCCAUCUGUAGCACAUCGACAGAACAUACUGUUGUGUAGUUGAUCAAAAAGAGUAUGGAGGUUGAUCCUCACUCUACACGUAGGCUGGCUUUUGAACCAGAUGGUGACAAACAUCAACAUAUUGAUAUUGCCAAUGAUUUACUAGAGGUAAAUGAACCAGCUAAGCUUAUUAAGCUAGAUAGAGGAAAAUGCAUUGCUGAUGAUUUUCCUAAUGUUGAAGAUCAGAGCUUUGAUGCAAGUACAAAAAAUAAGCUCCAAGAAACAUGUUUCCAUAUUCCUGAAGAGUGGAUCCCAAAAGUUGGUAUGGUGUUUAAAACAGAAGAUGAAGCAUAUGAUUUUUAUAAUAGAUAUGCUGGAAAGAUGGGAUUCAGUGCUAGAAAGGCUAAUAGAACAUUGUGCAACUAUACACGUGAAACAAGAUUCAGGAAAUUUUGUUGUUUUAGAGAGGGGAAGCGUGUCCUAGAUAAACGCAGACUCAAUGUCAAACGACCCCGACCAGAGACAAGAUGUGGUUGUAUGGCAGAAAUGAAAAUAAGUCGUAGAGAAGAUGGUUUCUUUCAUGUGAUUGCCUUUAAUGAGGCUCAUAACCAUAUUAUUGUAAGCCCCACGACAGCACAUAUGUUAAGAUCACAAAGAAAGAUCUCCAAGGCACAAUCUGCUCAAGCUAAAAUGGUAGAUGAUUCGGGGAUGACUCCAAAAGCAUCAACAGAGUCGAUGGCCAAAUGUUCUGAUGGAUGUGAGAAUGUUGGAUUCACUUCUAUGGAUCUAAACAAUAACUUGCCUUCAUGUCGGACUAGAAAUAUGAAAAAGGGAGAAGCAGGUGGUAUUAUACAAUAUUUUCAAGACAUGCGUUUAAAAGAUCCAUCUUUUGUUUAUGCUAUACAAUUGGACCAAGCUGAGUUAGUUACAAAUUUGUUUUGGGCAGAUGCACAAAUGAUAGUAGACUAUGGCCAUUUUGGUGAUGUUGUAUGUUUUGAUACAACAUGCAAAACCAACAAUGAGAAUCGACCAUUUACACUAUUUGUAGGGGUGAAUAAUUAUAAGAAUUUAAUCAUUUUUGGUGCUGCAUUGUUGUAUGAUGAAACUGUAGAUACAUUUGAGUGGCUAUUUAAGACUUUCAUCAAAACAAUGGGUGGAAAAAAACCAAAGACAAUUCUAACAGAUGAUGAUGCAGCUAUGGCAAAAGCAAUCAAUUUGGUGUUUCCAGAAACACAUCAUCGGUUAUGCGUUUGGCAUAUGUUCCAAAAUACUACAAAACACCUUCGUUGUGUAAUUGAUAAUUUUGAGAUAUUUUCUAAGGAUUUCAGCAGUUGUGUAUAUGAUUAUGAAAAUGUGGAUGAAUUUGAAAAUGCAUGGGAAAGUAUGAUUAACAAGUAUAAUCUUCAAGAGAAUAAUUGGUUGCGUAAGUUGUAUAAUGAAAGGCAUAGAUGGGAUCUAGUAUUUGGGCGGCACUCGUUUUCUGCAGACAUAAGCAUAACAUUGAGAAAUGAGAGGAUGAAUGGAUGUCUCAGAAAAUAUCUUAAUAUCAAACAUGAUUUGUCAAGGUUCCUCUUACAUUUUGAGAAAGUGGUUGCAGACAAGCGAUAUGAAGAGUUGAAAGCUGAAUUUGCAGCAACACAAAGCAUGCCAACCUUGACAGUACAAGUGGAGAUAUUGAAGUAUGUUUCUCGUAUAUAUACCCCUCCUAUUUUUUCCAUGUUUUACAAUGAAGUAUGGCAACAACUGAAUUGCAGCAUUGAAGAAGAUCAUGUUGUGUCUGAAACAAUAACCGAGUAUAUAGUUAGUGUGUCUGGAAAAAAUCGUCAAUACACAGUUGCUUUUAACUCAUCAGAUGAUUCAAUCAGCUGUAGUUGCAAAAAGUUUGACUAUAUUGGGAUUUUAUGUGGACAUGCACUAAAAGUACUUGAUUAUAGACGAAUCAAGAUGAUCCCCCCACGUUAUAUAUUGAGAAGGUGGACUGUUGAUGCGAAGGUGACAGAUAUUGUAACAUCUUGUAGCUCUACCAUAUCUUCUGACCAAAGCGCAAAAACAAUAAUGCGUUAUAGAGAAAUGUAUCAUUUGCUAAUCCAAAUAGCAAAAAGAGCUGCACCUGUUGAGGAUGCUUAUAAGGUUGUUGUGGAGACUGCAGAAAAGCUUUCAAAAGAAGUUGCAGAAUGUUUGAAAGAUAUGACAUUUGAUCUGAAUUCAACUGCAUUCAACAUUGGUUUGCAAAUUAUUCAUACCAUACCUUCACUACUUCAGGGAACACCAGGAUUGGAGUAUGCUAACAAAUGAGGAUUUGAAGCAUUACAGAAGAUCUGUAGGAAAAUGAUAACUUGUAACAGAGGCAAGGAUGAUAUAGGCUGUGUUUUUUUGGAGAAAGCUCAAUAGGCUGGCUUAAUGCUAACAAUGAAUCAAAUGUUCUUAUUGGAAGAGGAUUGAUUACUUCUGGUUUCACAAGGUAAGGGAAUUUUAGGUUUUGGGCUUAUUUUGUAAUUGGCAUGAAGAGAAUCAACAGGUGAAUAGCGUAUAUAUGAAGCCUGUUGAGGCUAGACAACAUUCAUUUGUAACUGAAGUAAUUAACAAGCUUACUUGUUGGAAUAUGAUUUCAAUCAGGACUCAAAUAUACAUCCACCUCCAUACAAGGAAGAUCAUAGGUUAGUUCUAGAGGUUAUGGAGGCAUAAGAAUAUUCAGAUCCACUUCAUUCUAUAAUAAGAAACCUACAUGCUUUUGUAUGGCCUUUCAUACA